AUGAUUGAUGGAAGUGAUGACUGGGAUUUGAAUUAUGAUCCCAAGAUACCUGAGCAGAAUGAAAAUUAGCAUGCAUAACUAGACUACACAACAGAGAAUCAAACAGAAGAAAAGACAAAUGAAGAGUAGAUCACUGAUCUCUUCACUGCAUUAGAGAAAAAGAGAGACCAUAUUCUAGAGUUGCGUUUACAAAUAAAUCAAAUUUUGUUGUAGAAAUAAGAUAAGAUUAAUGUUAGUCUCUAAAAUCAGCAGGUUUUCAAGUUUAAUUAGGAUCACUAUUUCCAGUACUAAUAAACUAUUGAUGAAUUGAAACUAAUGAAGAAACUGCAAGCAAAGUACUAAAUCACUAAUACCAAUAGCGGUACUGAUACAUAUGACAGUCGCCAUUCAAAUAAUAAAAGUGAUGAAGAUGUUUAGUGUUAAGAUAGCUAAGACUAAAGAAGAUAUUUUUACAAAUACUCCAAGUUGGUCUAACUAGAGAGGCUUGAUUAAAGGCAAUAUCUUAUUGAACUCUUCCACUAUGUACAGAGCCUAAAUAAAUUCUACAAAUUAUUUUCAGAACACCUAACUUAGAAAAAAUGA